AUGUUUGGGGACUGCCAGGUUCUCUCGUCCAUGGCGGCCAUGGCCGCGGGCGGCUCCUCCGCCGAUGCGCUCUUCGCCUCGCCGCUCAUGCCCAACCCGGGCGCGCUCGCCGGCUUCAUGUCUAACUCUUCCGCCAUGCCCUUUCAUCACCACUUCUCCACCAACUUGAUACCCAAAGAGGAGGGCGUCAUGGGCGGGCUUCACAUGGCAAAGGACGAGGAGUUGGACCUAGACAUGGAGAUGGAGCUCAGCGGCGGCUCCGGCAGCGGCCACCUGGACGGUCUGCUCAGCUUCGUCGACGUCGACGACGACAGGGACCAGAAGCCGCAGCACAGCGAGCCGGACGGUGCAGGCGCCGAGCACCACCCCUCCUCGUCGGCGGCCGCGGCGGCGUCGAACGGCAACGGGAAGAAGAAGCGCUACCAUCGCCACACUGCGCACCAGAUCCAGCAGAUGGAGGCGCUGUUCAAGGAUUGCCCGCACCCGGACGACAAGCAGCGGCUGAAGCUGAGCCAGGAGCUGGGGCUGAAGCCCCGGCAGGUCAAGUUCUGGUUCCAGAACCGGCGCACGCAGAUGAAGGCGCAGCAGGACCGCGCCGACAACGUCAUCCUCCGCGCCGAGAAUGAGUCACUCAAGACAGACAACUACCGCCUCCAGGCUGCCAUCCGCAACGUCGUCUGCCCCAGCUGCGGCCACGCCGCCGUCAUUGGUGAUAUGUCCUACGAGGAGCAGAACCUCCGCAUCGAGAACGCACGCCUCAAAGACGAGCUGGACCGCUUGGCGUGCAUCGCCAGCAGGUACGGUGGCGGGCGCCAGCCUGGCAUGUCGUCGGCUUCAGCGCUGAGCUGCAUGUCGGCGCCGCCGCCGGUGCUCAUGCCGCCCCUGGACCUCGACAUGAACGUGUACUCCCGGCACUUCGCCGACUGCGCCGAGCAGCAGCACGGCGCCAUGGACCUCAUGGCCUUGCCGCAACAGAUGGCCAGCGGCGGGCACGGCAUCGCGGCGACGGCGUCAUACUUGCAGGGCCCAAUGACGCCCGUUGUCGUCCAGGAGCAGGACAAACAGCUGGUGAUGGAGCUCGCAUCAACGGCCGCCGACCACCUCAUCAAGAUGUGUCGCACCAGCGAGCAGCUCUGGGCGCGCCGCCGCGGCGCCGGUCCCUCGUCCGGCGAGGUCAUGGACGCCGAGGAGCAUGCGCGGAUGCUCAGCUGGCCCAUCGACUCCGGGAAGCAGCAACAGGCUGACGUCGCCCACGCGGCCAGGACUGAAGGGACGCGCGACAGUGCCGUCGUCAUCAUGAACAGCAUCACAUUGGUCGACGCCUUCCUCGACGCGAACAAGUGGAUGGAGCUGUUCCCUUCGAUCGUGUGCAAGGCAAGGACCAUUCAGAUCAUACACCAUGGCGCUGCUUCUGGCCAUCUCAGCAGUGGAUCUCUCAUCUUGAUGCAAGCGGAGAUGCAGUUCCUGUCUCCUCUAGUGCCGGUGCGAGAGGUGGUCUUCUUCCGGUACUGCGUGCACAACGCCGACGAGGGCACCUGGUCCAUCGUCGACUUCCCAGCGGACGGCUUCCAGGAGGAGCUUCUGCAGCAGCAGCAGCAGCAGACCAGCUCGCUGGUCCGGUGCCGCCGGCGGCCCUCCGGCUGCAUCAUCCAGGACGCCCCCAAUGGCUACUCCAGGGUGGUGUGGGUGGAGCACAUGGAGGUGGUGGGGGAGGAGAAGCCCCUGCAGCCGGUUUUCAAGGACCACGUCGCCGGCGGCGCCGCGUUCGGGGCCACCAGGUGGGUCUCCGUCCUCCAGCGCCAGUGCGAGCGCCUCGCCAGCGAGCUCGCCCGCAGCAUCGCUGACCAAGGAGUUAUCCGCACCCCUGAGGCGAGGACAAAUAUGAUGAAGCUGUCUCAAAGGAUGAUCACCGCCUUCUGUGCUAACAUAAGUGCAUCUGGGAGCCAGUCUUGGACGGCGCUAUCUGAUUCUACUGAAGACACAGUCCGGAUUACAACAAGGAAGAAUACUGAGCCAGGGCAGCCCAGCGGUGUCAUCCUCACUGCGGUCUCCACAAGCUGGCUUCCUUUCAGCCAUCAACAGGUGUUUGAGCUUCUUGCAGACGAGCAACAGCGCUGUCAGCUUGAGAUUUUGUCAACUGGGGGCUCACUUCAUGAGGUGGCACAUAUUGCAAAUGGAUCACACCCAAGGAACUGCAUUUCUCUUCUUCGCAUAAAUUCUGCAAGCAACUCAUCACAGAAUGUGGAGCUCCUGCUGCAGGAGAGCAGCAUCCACCCUGAUGGUGGAAGCCUGGUGGUAUUUGCAACCGUGGAUGUGGAUGCCAUCCAGGUCACAAUGAGCGGGGAGGAUCCUUCCUACAUCCCUCUACUCCCCAUGGGCUUCGCCAUCUUCCCAGCCACCAGCCCUUCGCCUGGAGCCACCAGCUCAGACACCACCAGCAACGGCGAAACUAGUCCUGGCAAUGCAGAUGAGCCCGCCGCCGGCUGCCUCCUCACCGUCGGCAUGCAGGUGCUGGCCAGCGCCGUGCCUUCAGCCAAGCUCAACCUCUCAAGCGUCACUGCAAUCAACAGCCACAUCUGCAACACCAUUCACCAGAUUACAACAGCACUCAAGGGUGCCGGAGGUGGCCGGACUGAGCCGGCGCCUGCAGGUUCCGACCAGUAG